CGAAGGAGAAAAUCGAUUUUUCAUAAAAUAGAUAUUUAUUUAUAAUUUUUAAAAAAUCCCCGCCACCGCCGACGGGCUACGGCCACUCUACUCCGCCACUCAGCUGCUCAGCCGACUACUUCUUAAUCAUCUCCUCCGCCACUUCAAUAUCUCGUCAAGCAUAAGCAGUGAAAGUCUGUUUAGUACGAAAUGGCUGAAUCUUCAAGGGAAGAUACAAGUGAUAUGCUUCGAAUAUUAGUAGCUACGGACUGUCAUCUUGGUUAUAUGGAGAAGGAUGAAAUUCGCCGGCAUGAUUCGUUUCAGGCGUUUGAUGAGAUUUGCUCCAUAGCUGAGCAAAAACAGGUGGACUUUAUACUCCUUGGGGGCGAUCUUUUUCAUGAGAACAAGCCUUCAAGGUCGACCUUAGUCAAAGCUAUUGAAAUCCUCCGUCGCCACUGUCUCAACGAUCGACCGGUUCAGUUUCAAGUCGUCAGUGAUCAGACAAUGAACUUUGCAAACUCCUUUGGCCAAGUGAACUAUGAAGAUCCUCACUUCAAUGUCGGGAUGCCAGUUUUCAGCAUCCAUGGAAAUCACGAUGAUCCCGCUGGCGUGGACAAUCUUUCUGCAGUUGAUAUUCUUUCAGCAUGUAAUCUAGUUAACUAUUUUGGGAAAAUGAUUCUUGAAGGUUCAGGUGUUGGUCAGAUCACUCUCUACCCAAUUCUUAUAAAAAAGGGCUCAACAUCGGUAGCUCUUUAUGGCCUUGGGAAUAUCAGAGACGAACGCCUGAAUCGAAUGUUUCAGACGCCACAUGCUGUGCAGUGGAUGCGACCGGAGGCCCAGGAAAGUUGUCAAGUUUCAGACUGGUUCAACAUACUAGUACUUCAUCAGAAUAGAGUGAAAGCAAACCCGAAAAAUGCAAUAAACGAACAUUUUUUGCCUCGAUUUCUGGAUUUUAUUGUCUGGGGGCAUGAGCAUGAAUGCCUCGUUGAUCCGCAGGAAGUUCCAGGCAUGGGUUUUCACAUUACUCAACCUGGUUCAUCCGUUGCGACAUCACUGAUUGAUGGUGAAUCGAAGCCAAAACAUGUGCUGCUAUUAGAGAUUAAGGGGAAUCAGUAUCGGCCGACGAAGAUACCUCUCAACAAAGUAAGGCCUUUUGAGUAUACAGAGGUAGUGCUGAAGGAUGAACCUGAUAUCGAUGCUAAUGAUCAGAACUCCAUACUCGAGCAUUUGGACAAAGUUGUAAGUAGUUUGAUAGAAAAGGCUAGCCGAAAUGUUCCGAACAAAGCAGAGCUCAAGCUUCCUUUAGUUCGAGUCAAGGUGGAUUAUUCUGGAUUUAUGACUAUAAAUCCGCAAAGGUUUGGACAAAAGUAUGUCGGAAAGGUAGCAAAUCCUCAGGACAUUCUUAUAUUUUCUAAAGCAGCUAAAAGGGGUAAAAGUGAUGGUAAAAUUGAUGAAUCUGAACGUCUUCGACCUGAAGAACUGAAUCAGCAGAAUAUUGAGGCUUUAGUUGCUGAAAGUAAUCUGCAUAACGUAAGAUAUGCCUUCAUAUCUUAUGAUCUUUUUAAGAUGGAAAUACUCCCUGUCAAUGAUUUGGAUGUCGCCUUACACAAUUUUGUCAGUAAGGAUGACAAGAUGGCCUUCCACUCUUGUCUGCAAUACAACCUCGAAGAAACUCGUAGUAAAAUUGCUCAGGAUCCAGAUGUGCAGAAGUUUGAAGAGGAAGAUAUUAUUGUCAAAGAACGUGUCAAAGAAAGAGCCUCGACUCCAAAAGAUGCCCAUCUAUUCACAUUUGGUGGCCAGUCCUCUGAGAAUAUUAGAGGAAGAAGUACCGGAGGUGUUGGAAGUGCUGUUUCCUUUAGUGAUGAUGAGGAUGCUACCACAUUCGCUGGCGGAAGAUCUACCAAAAAGGGUGGGAAACAGGCUUCACAAUCUUUGAAGUCCUCUCGUCAAGUUCCGGAAGCAGGUAGGGCUUCUGGAAGAGGAAGAGGGCGAGGGAGGGGAAGGACUUCCAAUGCUUUAAAGCAGACUACACUAGAUUCGGCCUUGGGUUUUCGACAUUCACAAAGACCCGCAUCAGCUGCGGCAUCAGCUUCUGUUCGGAGUUUGGUCGAUGAGGAUGAUGAUGUCGACUCGGAUUCGAAUGAUGAGACAGCUAAACUCGAUGCUAAUGACAUUGCCGACAGCUCAGAUGAUGACGAGACUCUGCAAGGGAAGGGCAAAAAAAGAGCUGCCUCAAGGGGAAGGGGCAGGGGCAGGGGCGCUACCACUGCUGCUAAAAGGGGAAGGAAAUCAGACAACUCUUCUUCUUCUUCACUUCGUAGACUGCUCGGGAAUGAUGAUGAUGACGAUGAUGAUGACGACGACAUGGGGAGGAAAAAGUCUCAACCUCGGAUGACGAGAAAUUAUGGAGCUUUAAGAAGAGAUGACGACUGCCAGCAAAAACAGUCUGAACCCUGUGAUAGAUAA